GCGGUGGGUGUGCUCGCAAACGUGCCGCCAUGUCUGUCACGUUAACAUCUGUGAAGAGAGUGCAAAGUUCUCCAAACCUCUUGGCUGCAGGGCGUGAUUCUCAGUCACCAGACUCAGCUUGGAGAUCUUACAAUGAUCGAAAUCAAGAGACACUGAAUGGAGAUGCUACAUAUUCCUCUCUUGCAGCAAAAGGUUUUAGAAGCGUUCGACCAAAUCUACAAGAUAAAAGAUCACCAACUCAGAGCCAGAUAACAGUGAAUGGAAACUCCGGAGGUGCCGUGAGUCCCAUGAGUUACUACCAAAGGCCGUUUUCCCCCUCAGCAUACUCUCUCCCAGCCUCACUCAACUCGAGCAUUAUCAUGCAGCAUGGCAGAUCCCUGGAUUCCACGGAGACGUAUCCGCAGCAUGCGCAGUCUCUGGACGGCACCACGGGCCCACUGUACAGAUCCUCAGAGGAAGAGAAGAGGGUGACAGUCAUCAAAGCCCCGCAUUACCCGGGCAUCGGGCCGGUGGAUGAAUCCGGAAUCCCCACAGCAAUUAGAACGACAGUGGACCGACCCAAGGACUGGUACAAGACGAUGUUUAAGCAGAUUCACAUGGUGCACAAGCCGGAUGAUGACACUGACAUGUAUAAUACUCCUUAUGCAUAUAAUGCAGGUCUGUACAACCCACCCUACGGUGCGCAGUCACACCCUGCCGCCAAGACCCAGACCUACAGACCUCUCUCCAAGAGCCACUCUGACAACGGCACCAACGCCUUUAAGGACGCGUCCUCGCCAGUGCCUCCCCCGCACGUUCCACCUCCAGUCCCACCGUUUCGACCACGAGAUCGGUCUUCAACAGAAAAGCAUGACUGGGAUCCUCCAGACAGAAAAGUGGACACAAGAAAAUUCCGGUCUGAGCCGAGGAGUAUUUUUGAAUACGAACCGGGCAAGUCAUCAAUUCUGCAGCAUGAAAGACCACCCCCUCUCCCAACAUCUCCGACACCCAUCCCAAGGGAACCCGGCCGGAAGCCUCUUUCAAUUCCCCGACUCGGAGCGGCCCCCGGCAGCCCCUGCCCUCCGCCCCGGAGCGGCGCCCCCUCGCCAGGCCCGCGCGCCCCGGCUGUCUCUCCCAUCAGGACUGAUCGCAUAAAUCCAGAUGACAUAGAUUUAGAAAAUGAGCCCUGGUAUAAAUUCUUUUCAGAACUGGAGUUUGGACGCCCGCCUCCUAAAAAGGCUCUGGACUAUGUUCAAGAUCAUUCUUCUGGUGUUUCCAAUGAGGCCUCCUUGUAUCAGUCCUCUAUAGACAGAAGCCUGGAAAGACCCGCUAGUUCUGCAAGCAUGGCCAGCGACUUUAGGAAACGGAGGAAGAGCGAGCCGGCAGUGGGUCCCCCGAGGGGCUUGGGAGAUCAAAGUGCAAGCAGGAGGAGCCCAGGCCAUGCGGACCUCCCAGGAUCAAGCGCCAACCUUACAAAGCCUUUCAUUAGUUCUUCUCCUUCUUCCCCCUCGAGAGCAAAAGGUGGGGAUGAUAGCAAACUGUGUCCAUCCCUUUGCAGUUACUCAGGGCUCAACGGCAACCCCUCCAGUGAGUUAGAUUACUGUAGCAAUUACAGACAGCACUUGGACGUCCCGCGGGACUCGCAAAGGGCCAUCACUUUCAAGAAUGGCUGGCAAAUGGCCCGGCAAAACGCAGAAAUCUGGAGCAGCACCGAAGAAACCGUUCCCCCCAAAAUCAAAUCCCGCAGCUGUGAUGAUCUCCUGAACGACGACUGCGACAGCUUCCCUGACCCCGACCCGAAAGCCAAGUCGGAGAGCAUGGGCUCCCUGUUGUGCGAGGGGGACCCCCGAGAGGGCUGCGCCGCGCCGUGGGCUUCCCCCUACAUCCCGGAGGUUCGCGGGAACGGCAGAGCGAGGCUCAGGCGCAGGCCCGCCCACAACGCCCCGGGCUUCCUCAAAAUGUACAAGAAGAUGCACCGCAUCAACCGCAAGGAGCUGAUGAACUCGGAGGUGAUCUGCUCGGUGAGGUCGCGCAUCCUGCAGUACGAGGAGGAGCGGCAGCGCUCGGGCCUGCUGCACGGCUGGAGCCAGUCCUCCACCGAGGAGGUGCCCCGGGACAUGGUGCCCACGCGCAUUUCCGAGUUCGAAAAGUUGAUUCAGAAGUCGAAAUCCAUGCCGAAUUUAGGGGACGAAAUGUUAUCCCCUGUAACCCUAGAGCCACAACAGAAUGGGUUAUGUCCCAAGAGGCGCUUUUCCGUCGAGUCUCUGCUGGAGGAAGACGGUCAAGGCAGACACCCUCCCCAGGCCCCUCGCAGCUACACGGCCAACACCCUGGUGCCCAUUCACAUCGAGGUCACCAGCGACGAGCGACCGAGAGCGCACGUGGACUUUUCCGACAGCGACCAGGACGGGGUCGUGUCCGACCACAGCGACUACAUUCACGUGGAAGGGUCAUCCUUCUGCAGCGAGAGUGACUUCGACCACUUUUCCUUCACCUCCUCCGAGAGCUUUUACGGAUCCAGCCACCACCACCACCACCAGCACCACCGGCACCUGUUCAGCUCCUGCAAAGGCAGGUGCCCCGCGUCCUACACGCGCUUCACCACGAUGCGGAAACACGAGCUGGCCCGGCACGAGGGCGCCGACGAGCCCGGGAGCCGGGAGGCGGACCCCGGCCUUUCUAAACUCGCUUUUCUAGUCAGCCCCGUGCCUUUCCGGAGGAAAAAAAAUUCGACUCCGAAAAAACAGACUGAAAAGGCAAAAUGUAAGCCGUCUGUGUUUGAGGCUCUGGACUCCGCCCUCAAAGACAUCUGCGACCAGAUUAAAGCCGAGAAGAGAAGGGGGAGUCUGCCAGACAACAGCAUACUGCACCGCCUGAUCAGCGAACUGCUGCCAGACAUCCCCGAGAGGACUUCGUCCCUGCGGGCGCUGCGAAGGAGCCCCCUGCCCCAGCGCCCGCACCCGCUGCCCCCCGAAGGCGCUACCCCCGGCUCCGCGCCCCGGAGCGAGUGUGGGAGAACACCUCGCGGCGCCGCCUUCCCGGGCGCGGACACCGCCAACGACUGCCACCCCCGCGACCGCGAGGGGGCGCUCCAAGACCGUGAGUCCCCAAGAAGUUACUCAUCCACCUUGCCUGACUUGGGGAGAAGUGCGCCAAGGGAAAGAAGAGGAACUCCAGAAAAAGAGAAAUUGCCUGCAAAAGCUGUUUAUGAUUUUAAGGCUCAGACAUCUAAGGAGUUGUCAUUUAAGAAAGGAGACACCGUCUACAUCCUCAGGAAAAUUGAUCAAAAUUGGUAUGAGGGAGAGCACCAUGGAAGAGUGGGCAUUUUUCCAAUCUCGUAUGUAGAGAAACUCACACCGCCUGAAAAAGCCCAGCCUGCGAGACCACCUCCCCCAGCCCAGCCUGGAGAAAUCGGAGAAGCUAUAGCCAAAUAUAACUUCAAUGCAGACACAAACGUGGAGCUGUCGCUGAGAAAGGGAGAUAGAGUUAUUCUUCUUAAAAGAGUUGAUCAAAAUUGGUAUGAAGGUAAAAUCCCAGGAACCAACAGACAAGGCAUCUUCCCAGUUUCCUAUGUAGAGGUCGUCAAGAAGAACACAAAAGGUGCUGAGGACUACCCUGACCCUCCCAUACCACACAGCUAUUCUAGUGACAGAAUUCACAGCUUAAGUUCAAACAAGCCACAGCGUCCUGUGUUUACUCAUGAAAACAUUCAAGGUGGGGGGGAACCGUUUCAGGCUCUGUAUAACUAUACUCCUAGGAACGAAGAUGAGCUGGAGCUCCGAGAAAGCGACGUCAUUGAUGUGAUGGAAAAGUGCGACGAUGGGUGGUUUGUGGGAACCUCAAGAAGAACCAAAUUCUUUGGUACUUUCCCUGGAAACUAUGUCAAGAGGCUGUGAAUCACCCUCCCUCCUUAUUUAUGCUGCAUUUCAGCAACGCAUCUUCAUACGUUCGCCUGACCCACGCCGCAGGCCUCCCGUUGUCAUGCCUUAUGGUUUCCAACGCGCCAUCACCAUCGGCACCUGCCACCAAACCACCAGCAGAGUACCCGCCACCGCGGGCCUGGGGGAGACGCACACACUGGCCUCCACAUGAAAGCACGUGGCUCUCCGCUCUAAACUUUGAAAAGUCAAAAUGUGGGAUCAGAAAAAAAAAAAAUCAUACUUAAAAAGAUUAAAAUAUUUAAGGAUUUAAAGCAAAAGAAAAAAAAAAGAGUCUCCAAGAGGCUCUCCAAUUUCAUGGUCAUAUUUCAACAUCUCUGGAAGACGUUCUCCCCUCAGGCAACCAGAAGAUUGUGUUUUAGGAAAUGCUGUGGUUUGCGUUUUCACAUUCUUAGCUUGGCAGUGUAUUUUCCUUUCACGAGUUUGCCUAGUGUCCCAGUUUACACGAUGUGACAACCGUACUUCAGCUAUUGUUUGCCUGCACUUAUAUGUUGUAAUAUGCACAGUGAUUACAACCUCUAAAGCAAGAGUAGGAAAGUUAAUUUGGAUGAGUGCGAUUUUGUUGAUUGAAUGUGAGUUUUCAAAUAGGAGUCUUUUCCUGCCAUUUUUUUUUUUUUGUACUUUUUAGAACUGCAAACAGUCAGUGAAUAAGAGCCUUUGGCAAUAAUCAUGAGAAUACAAGAGGUUUAGCUAUCCUACAGGGAGGAAAAAAAGCUGUUGUGUUGUAAAGUUGCAUUGCUAUUUUAUAUUAAAAUGUAAUAAUUAGCAUCAUGAACAAUGAAUUCUUAGUGUUUUAUUUAUCUGAUAAAAUUUAAGUAAAAGCAGUGUUAGUGAGAGGUGCAAAGAAUUAUUCUAACAUAGACACUUGAAAGUAUCAGUAAGCAAUACUAGUAGGUAAGAUUUCACUGUGUGUACACAUACACAUUCGAGAUUGUAUGAAAACAUAUAAUCCAUAUGAUAUGUUGUACAUUUUAUGGAAAUGUAAAAGAGUCCUGCACAUUAUUUUAUAGAAAUAGAGUACAGAAACAUCACAAGUAUUAAGGUUGGCUUUAGCAAGGAUUAUGAUCAAUACAAUUAUUUUUACUAUGAUAAUUAUUUUUCUUCUAUGGAACUCAGAAUCCUGGCUACAUUUGAAGACAGGAAUAUGUUGAGCCUGAUUUUCCUGGUGUGUGUAAAAUAUUUCCUAGGAAUAAAUUAGGCACUUUUUAGAGACAAUGUUAAAUCAUUCAGGUUAUAUUUUCUGCCCUGACGCAGAAAUUUACAAAAUGAUAUUGGGAUCUGAAAGAUUUAAUAUGAUUAACAGUGCCUGAAUUACACAUACUCUGAGAACUAGCUUUGUAUUUCUUAUGACUUUGCGUAAGAACUAUUCGUCUUUGGAUCUUGAGCACCUUAUAGACAAAACUUUUUAUGACAUUUCUUCCGUGGACAGUGAUUGAUCUUUUCACAAUGUACGUAGACUUUAGAAUUUUGUACAUAUGUUUACUCUUUUUUUGUACAGACUAUUUAGUUGUUGAGAAAACAGGGGAGUUUCCUAAUUUGGUCUUUAUCCUGCACUUAAACUAAGGUCAAAAACACUGUCAGCAGAUUAUCCUUCACAUAUCUCACAGAUCACAAGCACCCCUUGAUGGUGCGAUUCUGUCAGAUAGCAUUUAUGCAAAAGUUUAUGAAUUUAAGAGAUCUUAGAAGCCAAACUGAAAUGUACAUAAAUACUGAUUACAGAGGAAUUUCAUUAGGAAGAGGGUAGAGAAACAUCUUUGAGUAGCCUGCCUUGAUCACUGUCAACUUCACAACCAGCUUUAUAUUUUAAAGGCUUUGGGUUUGAAAUUAAGUCAACUGCAUGCAGCUUUGCCGAUAUAUGAAUAAUUCUCUCUGAUGCCAUUUAUGAGAAAAGACUUCAAUAUCUGUUGCCUGUCAUAUUUAAGAAAAAUUACUGUUUCUACUCUCUGUAUCUGAUUUUAAAAGGAAAAAUAUUCAUACAUGGCUUUCAGGUAAUUGACUUUGAAUUCUUACAAGCAAAGGUCAUUGUGUUUUUCUUGAAUAGACAUCUAAUAAAUUUUGCUUGGAAGUAUA